UCACAAGGCAGAGGUUCAUUUAGCAAGAGAAUAACAAUUUAAAUCAAAAAAAAAAUUACCAAAAUGUUUAAAUAUAAAAAUUAUUGUUAUAAAUUAAACAAAUUAAAUUUAAUAAAACAUACAGAUUUACAACACAUAAAUACGAAUAUAAAACCGCAAUUCAAUCUGUUGAGAUUUCGAUCUAGUAUAUCAACCAUAAAUGAUCAAGUCGACAUCAAAUCGGCAUUAAACACCGAAUGGCAGACGGCAAAACCUUUCGAAGAGAUUCCCACUAUAAGCACAUUUGCAUUGAUAAGAAAUUUCUUGCCCGGUGGUAAAUAUUGUAAAUUAGAUUCGACACAAUUUUUAAUGGCCCUAAAAGAGGAUUUGGGCAGUUUCUGCAAAUUACCGGGUUCCUUUGGUCAAACGGACAUUAUAUUUACACACAAUGUUCAGGAUUUUGAAACACUUCUACGUAACGAGGGAAUUUGGCCUAAAAGAGUCGGCUUGGAGGCUUUGAAUUAUCAUCGCAGUGUUUAUAGAGCCGAUUUUUUUCAGGGAACUGAAGGACUCUUGGCAACGCAUGGCGAAAAAUGGGGCACGUUUAGAUCGGCGGUAAAUCCAGUACUAAUGCAACCCAAAAAUGUUAGAUUGUACUUGGGGAAAAUGUCACAGGUUAAUAAGGAAUUUAUAGAGAGAAUUCGUCAAAUACGUGAUCCAAGCACUUUGGAAGUCCCCAAUACUUUUGAAGAAGAAAUAAAUCGCUGGACUUUAGAAUCCGUUUCCGUAGUUGCUCUAGACAAACAAUUGGGUUUGAUUACUACAAAUCGCAACAAUCCAAUGGCCAAACGAAUGUUUGACACUUUAAACGAAUUUGUUUCACUUUCGUUGGACAUUGAAUUGAAACCCUCAAUAUGGAGAUAUUACAAAACGCAAACCUUUAAAAAACUAAUGACUUCUUUGGAUACUUUAUUGGAGAUAACCACUACUUAUAUAAAUGAGGCCAUUGAACGCUUGGAACAGGAGCGACAAAAUGGUGCACAGGAAAAAGCCGAACACGAAAAAAGCGUUUUGGAGAAACUCUUAAAAAUUGAUAACAAAAUAGCUACGGUCAUGGCCAUGGAUAUGUUUAUGGCGGGUGUGGAUACGAGCACUUCAACUUUUACUGGUCUGUUGUUAGCAAUGGCCCAGAAUCCGGACAAACAGGCCAAAUUGCGCGAAGAAGUUAUGACAAUUUUACCCCACAAAGAUUCUGAUUUUACAGAAGAGGCGUGCAAAAAUAUGCCUUAUUUAAGAGCUUGCAUUAAGGAAGCCUUGCGUGUUUAUCCCUUAACUGUAGGCAAUGCCCGUUCACCAGCCAAAGAUGUGGUACUAAGUGGUUAUAGAGUGCCCAAAGAUACCCGCGUUACCAUGGUUUCUAUAUCUCUGUUACGCGAUGAAAAUCACUUCCCCAGAGCUAAUGAAUAUUUACCCGAACGUUGGUUGAGGAUACAAAAGGAUUCGAAUGAAAAUCACUCUACUGCUAUGCCUUCCCUAAGGCCCAGCUGUCCAUUUGUUUAUUUGCCCUUCGGUUUUGGUCCACGCACUUGUAUUGGUCGUCGUAUAGUUGAAAUGGAACUGGAAUUGGGUAUUGCUCGUAUGGUGCGCAAUUUUCAUAUAGAAUUUAAUUAUCCAACUGAAAAUGCAUUUAAGAGUGUGUUUAUGAAUGUACCCAAUAUACCGUUGAAAUUUAAAUUUACUGAUGUUGAAAACUGAGAAGAUGUGGUGUGCAGAGUGUAAAAAUUGUAAAUAGAAUUUAGAUAAACGAAGCAAGUAGUAUUAAAAAAUAGUUUGUAUAAAAAAACUUAAAA